CUUGUAGGAAGAUCAUCCACAGAAUCAACGGUCCGAAAGCUCGAGAUGCUGCAUGCAAAAGCAGACGAGUGGGCCAAGAAAUACACUUCGGUCUUCGCCACCGCCAAAUACGAAGUCAUCUGCUUUAUCUACAAAGGAGAUAGGAGGCAUAUUAGAGCCAAGACGAGAGCAGUAGACCUGGGACCGACGAAUGGCGUCGAGAGGGUUAUUCAGCCCAAAACAUACCCCAGAUACCUCGGAAUUAUCCUAGAUUUAGAAUCCAACGAUAUAAAGUAUACAGAUAUAUAAAGGGGAGAGGUAGUAAGUAGAUCUAUGCCCAAGGCUUUAUUACGAGCUUAUUCUGUGAUGAAAGACCAUCUUGCGCUUGGGCGGUGAGUAGGAAGGAUAUAGAUAUAUAAUUAACAUAGCUGUGGACCUGUGUUUAU